AUCCACAGUUUACUCCUGCAUGUGUAAAGUUCACAUAAAAAUACAACAUCCAGCUUUAUUGGUAAUGAUUGCACCUUUCCUAAUGAAACAGCAUAUUUUUAAAUCAUUUGCAUCUUUGUAAGAGCCAAUGGAUGAGAGCCACAGACUUGUUAGUCUAAGUCAGAACAUUUUUAAAGAGGACAACUCAAGUCUUUUCAGGGGCAUUGAUGACCGUGAUAAAAACCCGAAAUACUGCCAGCUUUAUUCUUUAAUCAAGUUGCAUCUCUCCAGCCAUAAAUGUGGUUUUCCAUAUGAGUUAAUGUUUUCUUUUUAUUGCAGAGAUCCAUCGGUGAAGAGGACAAUAUGCAAGAAGUGCUUCUCUUUACUUAUCCCUGGUGUAACUGCUACAACAAGACAACAAAGGAAAAAACGCAAGACUCGCUUCACCGUGGUGACGUGUCUCAGCUGUGGCCAGAGCAAGAAGUUUCUGAAUAAUCCAGAUUAUUGUUUAUGGGUGGAUAACCCCAAGGCUCAGAUGGAUCAACAAAAACCACCAGAUUCAGGCCAUUCUGCUCAACAUCAGACAAAAAAAGACAAAAAAGCUGAUGGGUCACAGGCCUCUAAAUCCAGCGCCACCCAGAGUAAAGACGGCACAUAACAGCAGUUACUCUCUUCUGACCUCGAUAUCUUGAUGUCUGAUAUUGCUUUUUUUAUAAAGUGUGUGCUGCUGUGUUGAACAUGCACAAUCAGAUGAAGCUGCUGUAUAUUUUUCUAAAUAACAACUCUUCACUUCUGUCAUACCUUAAUUUCAUUCUGUUGAUUUAGAGAAUGUUUGGCUUCUGUACCAUCUGUGGCUUGUGUAACUGCCUGUUGUGUCAUUCUGAUUGAUGCCACCAAAUGGUCUUGAUUUCAUUGAAAAUAGCAGACAAAAACAGUGAAAGUAUGUAAAUUUGAGGUAUUAUUAUUAGUAGUUUUUAUUUCUAUAAUUUUAAAUUCUGUAGAUGCUUGUUAGGUUGAGAUAAAAAUAUCUUGACUUUUAUCGAUCUACUAACUAUUUUCCUAAAGUGCUGAUUGCUGUUCUUUCACACUUUCUUCUUCUCUCCUUUGUCUCCUUUGGGCGCUCUGAAACGAGUUUUAUUGGAGUAGAAAAGGUUCUUGGCAAAAAUCCUUGGAAUAUGUCCCAUGUACAAGAGCAGACCCAGGAUCAUGCCUACAACACAGACCAGUCACUGUUAGCAACAUGUUCACUUUGUAGAACUGACACUGAUAUGCAUGUAUAUUGAAUUUAACUAUAGUUUACCUGUGAGCGGGCCCAGCCAGUAGACCACCAUGUACUCUGUGAGGGUAAAUCCAGGGCAGUGGAAGGUGAGGCCGUAAGACAAAGAUGGGUUUAUAUAAGCUGAGGUGAAGACGCUGGCUGCAAAAAGGAAAAUCAAGUUUGUUAGUUGUUCUUCGUUUCAUCGGUGAAACAAGGUUUUUUUUUUAAUGUAAAAGAAGGGGGACAGAGAAAAUAACUCCUAUGAACACCUAAAAUACAAACAUUUAAAGCUCUGAGGGAAAAAGUGUAUGAUAAGAAAAGGACGAUUUAAUUUAUAAGUUGGUUGUAAACAAAUGAUUGAAAACAUUUUGUGUAAUUAUUUCUGAGUUUCACAAUCUGACUUUGUCUGGAGAGUCAAAGUAAACUUCUGGUCUAAUAUUUUUUUCUAUUCUCUGUUACCUUGUGGGUGCACAGACUCUGAUCUCAAACUACUGCACAUUUACUGAGCCAAAGCAGAGAAACCAAUCUGAUGGGUUUUUUUGUUUUUUUUGAUAAAUGUAUAUUUUUGUCUCUUCAUUUUUCCUGCUCGCAUUUCCCUUAUUGAUAAAUAAAAAGUUUUGUUGUAAAAGGGAAUUUUGAAGUGUCAUUUUCGAGAUGACUUCUCCAGGUCCAGCUCAAAUUUACCUGUAUGGGACAGGAAUGUGAGGAGGACAGCAAUCAGAGGGACCCGGAUCAAGGCAGAUCUGCGUCGCAGGUUUAGAUGGACCAGGUGAAAGAUACAAGCACAAACACACUCUGUAAAGAAACCCUGAAGCAAAGAGACCAGCAGGGACGUGCUGCACGACGAGGCCAUCAGGUUUUUGAUCAUGUGCAUGUCAGUCAGCUCCAGGCUCCAGUAGUACCCAGCAAUAUGGAUUGCUAAAUGUGCCCCGAGGAACUGGGAGACGACCGACAGCAGAGUGGGAAGAAUGGAGGCCUCCAGCUGCAGGAACCUCAGCACAACCUGGUUAGGAUUCCCUGAUGCUCCACCACAGACCACACCGUGGGUCAGCAGCACCACAAACAGCAUGGUCACGGUCACAUCAGGACCCAAGCCCCCAGCCCACUGACCCACCUCUACUAUGGUCUGCACCUCCAGCCAGCAGCCCACCAGCAUGAAAGAGGAGGCAAACUCCAGAACGAAGCUCAACUGAGACCAUUUUUUAAGAAGAGUCCGUACUAACGCUGCAAAAAUCACCAAAGCCACAAAGUAGCCGAGAGAUGCGUUCAGUCCAGACAUGGCUCAGGUCAGAUUGGUCCUCUGCUGCUGCUGUUU